CUAGUGCUCGUGUAACGGUCACACUAAGUACUACAUUUAAUAUAAUAAGAUGCGACGCCGUAAAAUUCCAGUGUGAAAACGUGAAUGAACUGAUCAAAAACACCAAAGUGUGUACCCAUAGCCCAGCAGUUUGAAUUUGAAAUAACGGUAGCACCACUUUAGAUGAAGACAAAUGUGCGAGUGGUAAUUUUUUUCCCCCGUUUUCCUCAGUGCUAAAUAUAGAGCAUCAAAAUGUUUGGCAUAAACGUAAUAUCGUAAAACUUGCAUCUGCUUUUUAGUUCGCUGCCUGAAUGAGUAUGUCCACAAAUAUCUGUAAUCUUCAAGUAACAAAGAACACGAAUCCAAACCAAAAUCGCCUCGAGGAGCAGCAAACAAAACUAUUCGAUUUUGGGCGGACCGAGAGCGAUGCGACGCACCCAAUAUUGCGCAGCGAUCAUCAACGUGAACUGGUCGACUGCCUGACGUGCGGAAAUCAAUUCAAGUGUAACUCGUACAGCGACAUUUGCUCGCACUACAUAUUCUACCAUCCGCAUAUUCUGGAUCAUUUGCCCAAGUGCUUGUACUGCAAACGCGACGUUCAUCGUUUCCAGCGUGGGAACAAGUCAGAGCCGGAGAUCUAUCACUUUUGUUCGCCCCGCAAGCAGCGUUAAAGAACCCAUACACAUAUAUACAAAGAGCGCCAUUAUUCAUAUAUAUAUACCUAUAAAGUUGAUCUUAAGAUGGCAAGUGCGAGCACUGAAAACGGCGAGGAGCUGAUGAAUUACGGCAGCAAUUCGGAUUCGGAGGAGUCCGAGUACUCGGAGAACGAGGAUACCCAAGUUUGCGACAAGGAUUCACAACAGAACAGCAAUGCCGAUUCGGGCUAUCCACUGGACUCGCCCGAACUACAGGACUCCAAGACGACGGGGCAAAAGGGACAGAACAAAAGCGGUAAAACUAGCAUCGGUGCAGUGCAUCCGAACUAUGGAUUCGGCAAACGCUGGUCCAAGUCCGAGGAUGUGUUGCUCAAGCAGCUGGUGGAGACGCACGGUGAGAACUGGGAGAUUAUCGGACCGCAUUUCAAGGAUCGCCUGGAACAGCAAGUGCAGCAGCGUUGGGCCAAAGUCCUCAAUCCGGAGCUAAUCAAGGGCCCGUGGACGCGGGACGAGGACGACAUGGUUAUUAAGCUGGUGCGCAACUUCGGGCCCAAGAAAUGGACACUAAUUGCACGAUAUCUGAACGGACGAAUUGGGAAACAGUGCCGCGAGAGAUGGCACAACCACCUCAAUCCGAAUAUCAAGAAAACGGCCUGGACCGAAAAGGAGGACGAGAUUAUCUACCAGGCUCACUUGGAGCUGGGCAACCAGUGGGCAAAGAUUGCCAAACGUCUGCCCGGACGCACCGAUAACGCCAUUAAAAACCAUUGGAAUUCAACAAUGCGUCGCAAAUAUGACGUCGAACGCAGAUCGGUUAAUGCAUCUGGUAGCGAUUUGAAGAGUUCGCGAACCCAUCUCAUCACGCUGAUCAAGUCCGGUGGCAUCAGCAAGUGUAUGAAUAAUAUGCAACAUAACAAGGAAUCUGGUGGUGAGGCAGUUAAUAAAUCCGAAAACGCCGAUGGCGCUUCGGUUACUGCCGUGAAAGGUGGUGAUCUGGCACAGGAAUCACAAGACGAUCAUCAAAAGGGAUCCAAUCUGGCACACCUCAGUAUGCAGCAUCUCAUUAAGUUGACCAUGCCGCGCCAAACACCGAUCAUAUUGAAGCGUACACGCAAACACAUUCCCGAAACUCACCAUCAGGCAGGAUGUUCAUCAAGUGAGACAUUCAACCAGGAAGAAGCCGCCGGAAACGCCAGGUCGCGACCACCGAGUUCGCCCGUCAUAUCGCCCAUUAAGUCGCUACCCUUUUCACCGAGUCACUUCCUCAAGUCGCCUUGCCUGACCACCUUUGAAGAUAUGGAUCUGCGGGCUAGCACGCCGGUAACCAAGGUCUAUAAUCGCGUUGGAAUGGAGAUCAAAAAGGAAAUGGAGACAUCGUCGAUAGAAACUCCACACAAGAGUCAACUUGGACCACGAACACCAACGCCCUUCAAAAAGGCACUUGCUGCCAUCGGCAAGAAGAGGGACGGUCGUCGAUACGAGCCCUCCAGCCCAUCCAGUCUGGUGGAGGAUCUGGCCGAAAUCAUCCAUGAAGAGCAUCUGAGCAACUCGCUGACCGCAAACAAUUCCAAAAUGAUGGGCGCCGCCGAUCAGAACUCAACGCUAAGCACCGAAUACAAUGCUCAGUCGCCGCCGCAUAUGAAACGUGCCAGGAAGUCAUUGCUCUCAACUUGGAGCUCCAAUCAUCCAUACAACGCUGGCUCCGCCAAGAGGAUUCAACCCUUCGAAACCGAGACGCCCAGCAAGUUUCUCACAUCGCCGGGCGAUAUUUUGAAGGACACGCUGUGCAGCGAACAGGACCUGCCGUUCGACGAGGGCAGAAAGGAGAAUCGACCAUUCCAUAAUCGCAGAAUUAACAAGUACCGCGGUGGCUUGACCUACGAUCAUGUCAUUGAUCCCAAGUGGGCACGCGUCGCUUGUGGCAAGUCCAGAGAUCAAAUGUUUAUGGAGGAGCAGGCUUAUGCGUGCCUCAAAAAUCUGUCCUGUAUUUCGCGCUCCCUGAACUUCGAGAAACAAAAGUGUUUGGUGAAUUCGUUCGACCGCUUUGGUUCGCUCUAAAUUCUAUGUGGCUAUAUUCAGGUAUUACAAACAAAAUUCUAUACGCAUCAUCUUUAUAAUAUUGUAGAUAUGAAUCCCCAAAUUUUCAUCCAAAUUGUGUUUUCGAAAUAGAAUUUAUUGUGCUACAUUUAUGGCAUUAUUGGUUACAUCCACCUUAAAUUGUAUCCCAUUUUUUUCGGAUAUUUCAUAAAUAAAUAAAUGCUUAAAGUG